AUGGCCACCACCGCCACCGCCCACCCCGACUCCAAGGAGCUCAACGGCACCAAUGGUACCUCCGCCACCGACCACGCCGCUGCCACGCCCAAGCAGCGUACGCCGUACGACUAUGGCGGCAAUCCGUUGGCUCACGUUGUCACUAAUGAUCCUUCUAUGCGUCUUCCAGCCUUCGGCGGUGAAUUCCAGCCGGGCUCGUACCGCGCUCCCAAGAAGGACUUCGCCAACCCUGCUCCACUCGGUCUCUCUGCUUUCGCCCUCACCACUUUCGUCCUGUCUUUGAUCAACAUGAAGACGUGCGGCAUCGGCGAACCCAACAUUGUCGUCGCUCUCGCCUACGGUUACGGUGGUCUCGUUCAGCUGCUCGCCGGUAUGUGGGAAAUGGCUGUGGGCAACACUUUUGGUGCCACCGCCCUGUCCUCGUACGGUGGCUUCUGGCUAUCCUUCGCCAUCGUCCUGACCCCUGGCGGCUUUGAAAUUGCCUCUACACUCGAGGCCGCCGGCGCCGCGCAGUUCACCAACUCUUUUGGUCUUUACCUGAUGGGCUGGUUCAUCUUCACCUUCAUCCUGCUGAUGUGCACCUUGCGCUCGACCGUGGCCUUCUUCUUCCUCUUCUUCACGCUUGACCUGGCCUUCCUCAUGCUCGGCAUCGGCUACCUGAGGGCCACCGACGGCGUUCCCCACGCUGGCCUCAUCACAGCCGGAGGUGCUUUUGGUAUCCUGGCCGCCUUUGCCGCCUGGUACAAUGCUCUUGCUGGUAUCGCCGACUCGACCAACAGCUUCUUCGUCAUCCCUGUCGCACACUUCCCUUGGUCCGACAAGGGCCGUGAGAGGCGCAAGAAGGUCGACAACAGCGCUGCGCGCGCCGACCAUUCUGUUUAA